UCUCCACAGAAGCGGCGUCGUCAACCAUCUCACCAGAUUUGAGCGAUGUCGGACGAGGAGCACCACUUCGAGUCCAAGGCCGACGCCGGCGCCUCCAAGACCUUCCCGCAGCAGGCUGGAACAAUCCGCAAGAACGGCUACCUAGUCAUCAAGAACAGGCCCUGCAAGGUUGUGGAGGUGUCCACCUCAAAAACAGGAAAACAUGGGCAUGCUAAGUGCCACUUUGUGGCAAUUGAUAUAUUUAAUGGGAAGAAGCUUGAAGAUAUUGUCCCAUCGUCUCAUAACUGUGAUGUUCCCCAUGUUAAUCGUACUGACUAUCAGCUGAUUGAUAUCUCCGAGGACGGUUUUGUGAGUCUUUUGACUGAAAAUGGAAACACCAAGGAUGACUUGAGGCUCCCCACUGAUGAUAAUCUGCUUACCCAGAUCAAAGACGGGUUCGCUGAAGGAAAGGAUCUCGUGGUGACCGUCAUGUCUGCAAUGGGAGAAGAGCAGAUCUGCGCCCUCAAGGACAUAGGUCCGAAGAAUUAAACUUGACUAUGGCAAACAACUCCUAAUGUUCUAGCUUGGGAAUUUCUAUUAACUAUAUAUGUGGGUGUGAAACAACCUUUUGCUAAUAUGGUCUUAAAGUCAUAUAUGUAUAUAUAUAUGACUGAAACCGGUUUCCCGGAAGGGGAAAGGAAAGAAGGCGUCCGGUUUGAUCCGCCUCUCGAUCCCCCUGCAUUUACAGCAGGAUGAAAUUUAUAUAUAUAGUCUUUCUGUA